AUGGAUCCUAUGUCUGUGUCAGAGGGGGAGAGAGUCACACUGAGAUGUAGAACCCAAUGUACAAUCGGUCUCAACCCCACCUACAUCUGGUACAAGAACGGACAAAGUCUGACCAAACCAAUCACCAGUUAUAACAGCCUGAUCCUAGACCCAGUCAGCAGUGAGGAUGCAGGGAACUACUCCUGUGCUGUAGAAGGCUUAGAGAGAAUCCUCUCUCCAGAAGAGACUCUCACUAGUUACACCUGGUACAAGAAGAAUGGAGGUCACUAUCAGUUCUCCUAUGGGAUCACAGGACCACAUCUUGUCUUCAAUCAAAUCAAGUCCUCAGUCACUGGAGAGUACUACUGUGAGGCCUGGAAUGGGAUUAAGACGGGGAGCAGUGAUGCCAACCCACCUGUGGACAAAUACACCUGGUACAAAAAGAACGUAGCCUCACCAAAAGCAUCAGGACAGAGUUACAGCAUCACUAACAUCAUCUCUGAGGACAGAGGAGAAUAUUACUGUGAGGCCCAGAAUGGAAGAGGAUCUAUGAACUCUACAGCUCUGAUGAUCAUUGUAGCAGGGAAACAGACCUCAGUUGUGACUGCAGCUGUAGGAAUCAUAGUGGUUGUUCUGGUUCUCAUCCUCUGUUUCUCUGGAUUCAUGUGCUUCAGGAGAUCCACAGGAGGAAGUGAUGCCACAGCAGACACACAGAGUGACCAUCCUGACUGUAACAGUGACACGUACACAGCUCUGAACAUGAGGACCAUGUCCCCUGACUAUGACACUCUGAUAAGUGUCCAUCCUGACCCUAACAGUGAUACGUACACACCUCUGAACAUGAAGACCAGGUCACCAGAGUAUGACACCCUGGCAAAUGUGAGGGGAAUCUCCCACUGAAGAGUAUCACCACAGAACCUGGACUGAAGAGAACAACCACAGAUCCUGGACUGAAGAGAGGCACCACAGAUCCUGGACUGAAGAGAGGCACCACAGAUCCUGGACUGAAGAGAGGCACCAUAGAUCCUGGACUGAAGAGAAGCACCAUAUAUCCUGUACUGAAGAGAACAACCACAGAUCCUGGACUGAAGAGAAUCAUCACAGAUCCUGGACUGAAGAGAACAACCACAGAUCCUGGACUGAAGAGAAGCACCACAGAACCUGGACUGAAGAGAAGCACCACAGAACCUGGACUGAAGAGAAGCACCAACAUUGAACCUGGACUGAAGAGAACCACCAACAUUGAACCUGGACUGAAAGUUCCAAUACAAAACGAGGCCUUACACCUCUAUUCUAUUGCUGCCAUAUCUAGAGGUUUUUACACACCAUGAACUUUAUCUUUUCAGUAAAUACUGGAAUAUAUAUUUUGGAAUGGAAUAUAUUGAUGAUAAAUGAGAUGUGUUAUAUUUUGAUGUAAAUCUGUUAACUAUCUUUAGUUUUAUUUCUGAUCUUUUUCUAUGGGAUUUUGCCAUAUACAGAUGUUUUAUAACAUCAAUAGUCCUACUUUCCUCAGCAACUAAUAUGGAUCAUAUUGAAAACAGCUUUUUAAUAUUUUUAGCUCUUGGGCCAAGUUUCUCCAGAUGUUUUUCAUGAUGAUUAACUUUGUAUUGCUGUCAGAUAUUAUUACUAAUUUUAUAUUACGUAAUACAAUAUUGUUCCGUCAUGAUAUAUUUUUUAUUUUCAAAUAAAUGUAAUCAGUCCGUUAUUAUAAUUUCCAACAUUUUGGUAGGCUAUUUGUUAGUCAACUUGUCUAUCAUUUCUAAAUACAUGCAGUGGCGACACGUCAUUCAAGGCAGCUGAGGCAGAGCUAAAUCCGUUUUCAGCCCCAUGGUUAGCUUUUUUUGUUGCUUGUUUUGCAUGUUUUGAAAUUAAUACGUGAAACAUAUCAGUUUGCAAAUAAAGUUAAUAAAUAAAUAAAGCAUUGAG